UCUAAGCAGACACAAGAGCCACGACGAAGAAUCAUUUUUAACAAGAAGUUGCGAGGUGCAACUCUCAUGCAUGCCGUCUAGCCACAAUGAGGGAGCAGUACAGCUACAGCAGCAAGCCGGCCGGCAUCCGGCGGCACUAUCGCCGCUGCGCGCCGGCAGCGGCCCACAUCGCCGUGGCCUUCCUCCUCGUCGCGCUCGGCGUGCUUUACCUCAUCUUCGGCCCGACCAACUCCGACCUCAACCUCGUCCUCGCCAUGCCGCGCGUCCACGUCGUGUUCAAUAACAAACCCGCCGUCGUCCCAGCGGCGCCUGCUGCGGCCGCGCCUUCCCUGGGCAGCAACGCCACCGACGACGACGUGGACAGCGGCCUCCCGCCGCCGCGGCAGCUGACGGACCCGCCCUACUCGCUGGGCCGGGUCAUCCUGGACUACGACGCGCGACGGUCCGCGUGGCUCGCGGCGCACCCGGAGUUCCAGCCGGCGGCGGCGGGGCGGCCGCGGCCGCGGGUGCUGGUGGUGACGGGUUCGGCGCCCGCCCGGUGCCCCGACCCCGACGGCGACCACCUGCUGCUGCGGGCGUUCAAGAACAAGGCGGACUACUGCCGCGUGCACGGCCUCGACGUGUUCUACAACGCGGCGUUCCUGGACGCCGAGAUGUCCGGGUUCUGGGCGAAGCUGCCGCUGCUGCGUGCGCUGAUGCUGGCGCACCCGGAGGUGGAGCUCCUCUGGUGGGUGGACUCCGACGCCGUCUUCACGGACAUGGCGUUCGAGCCGCCGUGGGGGAGGUACGAGCGCCACAACCUGGUGCUCCAUGGCUGGUCCGCCAAGGUGUUCGAGGAGAGGAGCUGGGUCGGCGUCAACACCGGCAGCUUCCUCAUCCGGAACUGCCAGUGGUCGCUCGACCUCCUCGACGCGUGGGCGCCCAUGGGGUCGCGCGGCCCCGUCCGCGACAGCUACGGCGAGCUCUUCGCGCGGGAGCUCACCGGGCGCCCGCCGUUCGAGGCGGACGACCAGUCGGCGCUCGUGUACCUGCUCGUCACGCAGCGGAGCAGGUGGGGGGACAAGACGUUCAUCGAGAGCGCCUACGAGCUCAACGGCUUCUGGGAAGGGAUAGUGGACAGGUACGAGGAGCUGCGGCGGAAGGGGCGACCCGCCGGGGGCCUCGGCGACGGCGACGACCGGUGGCCGUUCGUCACGCACUUCGUCGGGUGCAAGCCGUGCCGGCGGUACGCGGACAGCUACCCGGCGGACCGGUGCCGGCGGGGGAUGGAGCGCGCGUUCAACUUCGCCGACGACCAGAUAAUGAGGCUGUACGGGUUCCAGCACGAGUCGCUCAACACCACCGCCGUGCAGCGCGUCGGAAACGAGACCGGCGGCCCGCUGGACGCGGACGACGAGGAGCUGGCCCGGCUAUUGCACCCCACGUUCAGGGCUGCCAGGCCCGCAUAGACGUAGUUGACUCCACCACGUUCAGAGCUGGCCUUAUGGUUGACUUGAUUUUUCUUUAUUUUUUCUUUCUCCGGGCCCUCGACUUGUUACUCUGACACUCAACUUUAUAAGUUGGCUGAAAAACCAUAACUGAAAGUAAUAUUCGCUGAUUUAUUGUGAGAGAAAAACAUUGCUAAAUGACUGUCAAGACAGAUAAGCUCAAACGAAUAUGCUCUAUAUUUUUGUGGUCAUUUUAGAUUUAUUAUUGUAGAAGUAAUAGUAGGCAUAAAGGUUAGUAUUGGUUGUUUCACUUCAGAUUUUUUUUUCGCUCUUGAGUUACUAAUUUUUAGCUAAGGUUUCAAUUAACAACUACUUCAUUACCAAGCUAGGUGUAGCUAACCUAUGAUAAAAGAAGCCACAUUAAGAA